UUCACGUUAACCAGUAGUAAACUUGAGUAGCUUGUUGCACCUGAGAUUUGGACGUAAAUUAUUAGCUUAUAUAUGAACCAGACUAAUAGAUUUCACUCUCAGAAGUGCCGUAGAAAACAUAGUCUUUACCAAACUGACUAGACUGGCUAUUAUAGGGAGAAUACCAGAGGAUUUGGUCCGCUGCGCACCCCGAAGGGUGAACAAUAACUUUGGCGUGAAUUGAUUUCAAUGGCCAAUUUCCCGAUUUUGUUUCCUAAGUCUGCGAUCCUCGUGUAACCCCGAAGGAUGGCCUGGUGGUGGCUAUGGAGACACACAAUGUGAUACGGUAUCAGGAGUAACGACCUGCCAUGAACGAGGACGAGUUUCUGAGUGCUGUAUGUGGGGGAGACGUGCAGACCGUGAGGUGGAGUCUUCAGGCUGAGAGGGACGUCAAUCAGAGGUUUAACUCUUUGCCUGGCCUGACCGCACUCCAUGUGGCCAGCACGAAAGGGAACACUGAGAUGGUGAAGCUGCUGGUGCAACUCGGAGCUAAUGUGGAGGCGAAGGACAAGUAUGGCAGGACCGCACUCCACAUGGCCAGCGAGAACGGGAACACUGAGACGGUGAAGCUGCUGAUUGAAUUUGGUGCUGAUGUGGAGGCGAAGAACAUGUAUGACAGGACCGCACUCCAUGUGGCCAGCGGGAACGGGAACACUGAGGUGGUGAAGCUGCUGGUUCAACUCGGCGCUGAUGUGGAGGUGAAGGACAAGGAUGGGACAAAACCACUGGACUACAUACGUGACCAAGACCUCAGACGUGUCCUGAAGAACCUGGCCACAGAGGUUUCCUAUCACAAACUGAUGAAACAAUCCGGUGGGGUGAAAGUCAACAGGUUUAAACUGUGCAUCUGUGGACCACAGGAGGCUGGCAAAUCUACGCUGAAGGAAAGCCUUCAAACGGGACCUCUCACAGCCUUUUUCCGGGAUCGAAUGACUCCAGACCAUCAGCAACACGAGCCCACCCCUGGUGUGAAUGUGGGAACAACCAACAUUCCCAGUGUGGGGGAGGUCAGUGUGUGGGACUUCGCUGGACAGUCGGAGUACGCAGUAACCCACAGCAUGUUCAUGGAUGCAGAGAACACAAUCUUCGCUGUACUGUACAGCAUCAUGGAUGAUAUCCGUACACAAGAGAAAAAGGUCCACUGGUGGCUGUGUUUCAUCAAGUCUUGCAACACAAAGAGUAAACCUAACGUCAUCCUCGUGGCCAGUCAUGCGGACCAGACUGAUGCAGGACAUCAAAAGGCAUCUUCCAUUCUUAAGCUGAUGACAUCAGAGUUUAAGGAUCAUCUGAACAUCUCAGACGAAGUGUUCCUACUUGACUGCAGAAAGACUCGUCAAACUGACAUGUGGCGUCUUAAAGAUCUUUUGACAAGACUGAAGACCCAGCUUCUAACACAUCAGCGAGCCAUACCCAAACUGUGUGCUGAAAUCAUCAAGUGUCUACCCAAAUGGACCAAAGAGAGGUGCAGCCCAAAGUGUCCCGUUUUGAGAUGGACAGAGUACAAGGAGGCGGUGAUGGUGAUGAUGGGGAUCGACAGCUUGGCUGAAGAAGAUUUUCUCAAGGAGUCUUCGAAGUAUCUGAACCAACUUGGGGAGAUCGUGUUGGUCUCCUCCACUGCUGAGCCCAUUGUUGUCCUGGAACCCAACUGGCUCUGCACGGAUGUCUUCGGCAAAGUCAUGGCACCAGAAAACUUCCCCAUCCAUCUGAGAAGACGUGAGGGCAUUGGUAUCGUCACAAGAGAAGAGAUCCAAAAAGUGUUCAAAGAUGUCACCACCGAUGUCGAUCUCCUGAUCACCCUGCUGCAAGAGUUCCAGCUCUGCCACACCUUUGAUGGACAGGAGUUCAUCAUCCCCGGGCUGCUGACACAGACCAUGCCUCCAGAGAAGUGGCAGCCAACCGCAGACCCCGCCAAGACCGUGUACUUCGGCAAGCAAGUCCAGUGUGCCGACACCACCGACAUGUUCUCCUCCGGGUUCUUUCCCCGUGUGCAGACCCGCCUGAUGAGGCAGCUGAAGAAUCGCCCACUGCUAUGGAGGGACGGAGCCAAGUGUUUCGACUGUAACGUGGAAAGCCUCAUCAAGCUGUCCCCAGACGGCCGUGCGGUCAACAUCUGUGUGCGGAGCGAGCAGGCCGACAAGCCGAGCUGCCGACAGAUGCUCCAGCUGAUAGAGAACAUCCUGACCAACGAGCUCGACGAGUGCAGCCCAGGCACCACUACAGAGGAGAGGGUGCUCAGCGCUCGUGCAUUGAGGGAACACAGAGAAGAAGUUUUCUCCUACAGCAUGGAUCAGAUCGACAAGGCCAAAGCAGAGGACGGCAUCGUCUAUCACGACAUCCUUGGCUUCUCAGAAGACGUCGAUGACCUCCUGUAUGGCGGAAGAGACGACGAAGAAGAGGAACAAGGAGCUGUUGGAAACGCGGUCCCACAGUCGAUCGUGUACGGGAACGUGUUAAUCACAGCAGGGGAUCAUGCUCACAUCGACAUGCCAAGCGUCAUGCAAGGUGACCUGGGACAGCUUCAGUUGGAAGGAAGUUUGUCCGAUGACCUGGGACAGCUACAGUUGGAAGGGAAUGUGCCUGCUGACCCGGGACAGCUACAGUUGGAAGAGAAUGUACCUGAUGACCCGGGACAGCUACAGUUGGAAGAGAAUGUACCUGCUGACCUGGGACAGCUACAGUUGGAAGAGAAAGUACCUGCUGACCUGAGACAGCUUCAGUUGGAGUAA